AUAAGUGCAAUAAAUACAGGUCCACAUAUAUAUUUAGAUGUGUUUGUGUGUCCCUGUGCAAUAAUGUGCAGUGCAUAUUUGUUCUUGAACAAUAUAUUUCAAAUGAAGUGUUGUUGCAAUUAUUAAAUACAUUUCGAGUAUUCAGUAUUUACACAAAACAAAAUCACAAUCACGUCACACCCAAAAUGAACAGUUCUAAUGGAAGGGAGCUAAAACAUAGCUAUCGGGACAUAAUCCAGGUGUUUUUGAUGGACUUUAAAAAGGACUUCGAUUGCAAAGAUGUCGAGGAUACACUACGCACAAUAUUAAAAAAGAAGGAAGUCGAUGCUAUUAUAAAAUCUCCGUCAAUAUAUCAAAUAUAUCUGUUGUUUUGGACAUUACAUGAACAAUCAUUGGAAGUGGUACAACGAUUUGUCGAGAACGAUAUAAACAAGAUGAACUAUGAUUAUCUUAUGUCUGCAAUCAAAGAUGAGUCUCGGAAUCCAAGUUCAAGCACUGAAAAUUACAUAAGGGAAAGAGAUAUUUUGUAUAAUGAUAAUCAAAAGUUUACCAAAUAUAAUGUGCCAAGAAUUGAACCAUAUUUGGAAUUGCAGAAAGCAUUGCUAGAGCUGCGACCAUCGAAAAAUGUCGCUGUCGAAGGAGUACUUGGAGCUGGAAAGCAGUGGCUUGUCUUGGACGUAUGCUCCUCUUAUGCAGUCCAACGAAAAAUGGACUUUAAGAUAUUUUGGCUAAACGUUCGUGAUUGUCGCUCACCGGAGAAUCAACUGCAAUUACUUCAGUCCUUUCUCCACCAAAUUGCUCCCAGUCUGCGCAUUAAUUUCGAUCAAAGCGUUGACGUGCACAUUGAGAGAGUGAAAGCUGAGCUGAGACAUAUACUUAAGGAUAAGCCUUAUAGAAAUUGUCUACUUGUUUUACGAAAUGUUCAGAACAAAGAAACCUGGAAGGUCUUUAACCUAGGAUGCAAAAUCCUGUUGACCACACGAGACAAGAGUGUCGUGAAUUAUCUGUCACCAGCAACCACCACUCAUGUCACCCUUAGAGAUGUCCUCACACCCUCCGAAAGAGAGUCAUUAUUUGCCAAAUAUCUUCCGUCAAUACCUUCUGAAUCACUUAAGCAAUUAUCGAAUGUUCAAACAACAAAUCCACUUCUACUAAGCUUUAUUGCGGAGAAUAUACACAAAGGUAUUUGUACGUUGGACAAUUGGAAAAACAUUAACUUUACCAAAUUGACUACCAUUAUUCAAAACUCGCUUAACGAACUGAAACCAGCUGACAAGGAACACUUUGAAACGCUUUUCAUAUUUCCGAAAUCUGCACACAUACCUAUUAAACUUUUGGGCCUAGUUUGGUCGGUUGCUGAACCGAGGAUUGUCAUUAAUAGCUUGUACAAAUAUUCGCUGGUCAGAAUACAUGAAAAUGAGACAAUUUCACUGCCUAGCAUAUAUUUAGAGCUCAACACACCCAUUCCGAAUGAAGCUGCCUUAAGCAAGAAGAUUGUAGAUUCUUACAAUAUACACCAAGUGUUCAACCAAUGCAACGAUACAACUUUGUCGCAAUUAGACUGUUAUUUCUAUAGCCACAUUGGACACCAUUUGAGCAAACUUAGUGAUAAAAAGGAACGCGUUAAUUUAUUUCGCAAGAUCUUUUUGGAUUUUCGAUUUCUUGAGCAGAAAAUUCGUAAUGAUACAACGCCGUGGUAUGCUCGUGGAUCGAUUCUUCAUACUCUGCACGUUAUUAAGUUUUACAGGGAUCAAAUUGUUGAUAAUGAUAGCAAUUACGGGGAACUUGUGAAUGCGCUCUUGGUUUUUCUGACGAAAGUUGAAGAAAAGCUGAUAAGUUCGAAAUUUACGAGCCUAUUGCAAAUUGCCGUAAUGUCGGGGGAAGGUCCAGUUCAUGAAGAAGCGCUGCAUCAAGUUCAGCGAUUUCCGGACUUUGUUUGGUUGACAGAACAUGGUCGCUUUCAUCAGCAUCGGGAAAUCAUCAAUUUGGGGCAGGAUGAAGUGCGACAUGCCAUCUAUCUGGACAAUGACUAUUGCCUGAUGGCACUUAGUUCCCAAGAGCUUCUGCUUACGGACGUAUCACUGACUGGUGAUAAAACCAGUGUGCUAAGCGAUAAAACUGAUACCAGUGACAUUACGGAGAUGCGUGUGUUUAAUAAACAGAUGCAUCUGCUAACGUUACACAAAAAUGGUAGCUUGAAACUGUGGUCUCUGAGGGAUUUGCUGCCACGUCGAUCUGAUUGCGACAAUUGUCCGGCUAUGCGUUCUCCUAGACUUGAACAGGAGCAAGAGCACUCAAAACCGCAUGGUCCCGAGCAGUAUGUCAAUGACGCAAUUAAACGUUUCAUUGUUAGCAAAUGCAUAUCAGCAUUUUAUCUGGAUGAGAAUGUACGCGCAGGAGAUUAUUCCAUUCAACUCCAUGUAGCAUUUGACGAUGGAGAUAUUUGUAUAUUGAACUGGGAUGAUAAGGACAAGAAAUUUAUAAAAUCACACACGCCAAUACUGCCAACAAAACAGUCUGAUGUGCGAUAUUUUUCAAAAAUAUUGAAUCGUUUCUAUGUCGUCUGGUCGGAUAAAAGCAAUUUAACCUUUUGGAAUUUGCGAAAUGCAUCAAAUGUGACGGAUGAGGAAUAUAAACAGCCGAAGGAGAAGGCACUUGCGAUGGAAACUUAUAUCGAAAGACUUGACGAUGGUGUUCAGUAUACAAUUAUGAUAAUAAUUUAUGAGAAAAGUGUCUGGCGAUUGAAAUUUAAGCACAUCGAUUACUGCAACUACCUCAAGGAUACUCUGACCGUGGAACGUUUGCCAUUGUCGGACUCGAUUCCGUCAACUGUAACCUGUGGCAAGCUGUCAACUGAUGGCCGUUAUUUAAUGCUCGGCACGCUGGAGGGUAUUGUUGCCUACGAUUUGAAAUUUCCAUACUGUUUGCUACGAAGUAACGUCAGUGAACGUAUAGUGUGUUUGGAUGUCUACGAUUUAAACGAUUCCAUUUUCAAAUACAUUGUUCUAUGCGGGGCAAAGGGAAAACAUUUUUUACACGUUCACACUUUGCGGAGCACGGAUACGGAUGUUAUUACCUGGGUACACCAUGUAGAUGAGAGUGAUGACCAAUUGAAGGAUCGUAAUACAAAAGGACGAGCACAUCUUGAACCUAAUGUCUAUCUGCGUCCGCUUUUGAAAAUGACCGAUGAUGGAACAUUGUAUGCCGUCGAUUCCAGAGCGAGAAUUCAUAAAAUUCAAGCGACGAUAGGACUCAAUUCUGGCCGGAGACAGAGUAUUGCCAGUUGGAAAACGAUUGCAACACCGCAUCUGGAAUGUGAAAAAUAUAUUACCGCCCUAUGUGCUGGCAAGGAUGGUACCAUUUAUGCCGGCUACAAUAAUGGUCAAAUUAUUAAAAUCAGUGAGAUUAAUAUUAGUAAUAUGCCCCACGUAUUCGAGGACUCUAUUGACUACCUUAAAGAGAUCAAUUCACAGAAACUACUUGCCUCAUUGUGCAAUUGCACUAUUAUAUUGUCACUGUCGUCAACUGGGGAUAAUUUUUUUUUGCCAUUUAACACAAUGUACGCCAGACUCGUUUACGAACACUUUUUGCUUCUGUUUUCAGACAGUGGAGUCUUCCAUUUGAAUUUGGAUAAAUCUGAACAAGAUGAAGCUGAACUUCUACAAUUUGAGCAGCUACAAUUAAAAAAAACAGAAUUUAUACAAAGUUUUGAAAGACCUUAUGGAUUUGAUUUAAAGGAUAACAUGCUUUAUUUAGCAUUUGGAGACAGCACUUUAACGGUUUGUAAAUUGAGUGUCGCAGAUAAUGAACUAGACUUCAAACGACUUUGCAAGGAGAAUAUCAACAAUCCAAGCCAAAUAAAUCAUCUAACUGCCUCAAAUGAUGACCAACUGAUUGCUCUUGGUUUUAAGAAUGGAAAUAUUGAGCUUUACAGCUUUGAAAAACAUCGGCUGCAACAUAUUUUCACCAUUAAGCAGGGACAUGAGACUAGCAAUGCAACGCAACUGCGUUUUUCACCUUGCAAACAGGUGCUGGUCAGCUGUGCUGAACAAUUGUGUUUCUGGAACGUGAAACAUAUGCGAAAUAAUCAGUCGAUUCCGGAACUUCGCAGUAGGCGGCAUAAUCAGAUGCAGCAACACAUUAAGGCCAAAGGACGCGAGGAAGUGGAUGCAGCGCGUUUCUUGGAUGUAUCUACGGAAAAGUCUUUUAACGAUUUAUCGUCGCCACAAUGUGAGAAAUUAAUCCCUGUGGCAAAAAACAGAGCCUUUCUAUGGGCGGAUAAACGGGGCAAUGACAAAUUGCCGGAGCUGUUGGCGUGCAUUAAAUUUGUUGGCAACGAAGCAAGACAUUUUUAUACGAGCGCCGAUUUUACGCAAUUCUAUGUAAUAGACGACGAGGGAGUAUUCUAUCAUCUUAAGGUAUUGGAAAACAGUCCGGUGCAAUCUUUGCGAGUAAUCGACCAUGUGCCGGAUAUUCAUCUCAUCGGACAAAGGCCAACUCUUUUCGAUGAGCACCAUGAUGGUGAUGAUAAAGUUGAUGAUAAUGACGGAGGCGUCGAUGUCGUUGGCAGCGGCGACAUGUUGCCCGAAAGGCAAUCGAAUCAGAUAUGACGCCAGGAGUGUGUCAAUCCUUGGCGCACACUACAUGAAAUGGGACUAUCCCCGUUCCCCCUUUUAGGAUUGUUACUGUAUUACUUAGUGAUAUUAAUACUUUUUUGUAUCAACUCAAACACAUGAGUAUCUCCCUCUGUCCUUCCGUGCAAUAGAUGUUAAGUUACUAUGCAUUAUUAUAAAUAUUACAUUACAUAUGUAUGUAUGUUUGUAGAUAGUUUUAUAUGACAACUCAAUAUCUAGCCUAAAUAUUAACAAAGUCACGACUUAAUAUUUACUAAAUAGAAAAUAUAUUUUUUUACUCGUA